CAUCCAUUCCAUUCCCCGGCCGUCUCCUUCCUCACCCCCCGUAGUCUCCUUCCUGCGCAUCGUGACGUCAGCCAUGGUGAAGGCCUACCCCACGGUCAGCGAGGACUACCUCAAGGCGAUCGACAAGGCCAAGCGCAAGCUCCGCGGCCUCAUCGCCGAGAAGAACUGCGCCCCGCUCAUGCUCCGCCUCGCCUGGCACUCCGCUGGCACCUUCGAUGUCGGCACCAAGACAGGGGGCCCCUUCGGCACCAUGAAGGACCCCGCCGAGCUGGCGCACGGAGCCAACGCUGGACUCGACAUCGCCGUCAGGCUGCUCGAGCCCAUCAAGGAGCAGUUCCCCACCAUAUCCUACGCUGACUUCUACCAGCUCGCCGGAGUCGUUGCCGUUGAGGUCACCGGCGGCCCUGAUGUCCCCUUCCACCCAGGGAGGCAGGACAAGCCUGAGCCUCCACCAGAAGGCCGCCUUCCUGAUGCCACCCAAGGUUCGGACCACCUUAGGCAGGUGUUCUCCACACAGAUGGGUUUGAGUGACCAGGACAUUGUUGCGCUUUCUGGUGGUCACACUCUGGGAAGAUGCCACAAGGAUAGGUCUGGCUUUGAGGGAGCCUGGACUUCCAACCCUUUGAUCUUUGACAACUCGUACUUCAAGGAGCUCCUGAGUGGUGAGAAGGAAGGCCUUCUGCAGCUGCCAAGUGACAAAGCCCUCCUUUCUGACCCAUCCUUCCGCCCCCUUGUUGAGAAAUACGCAGCGGAUGAGGACGCCUUCUUUGCUGACUAUGCUGAGGCCCACCUGAAGCUUUCUGAAUUGGGAUUUGCUGAGGCGUAAGGUGCUUCCAGCCAGACAAGGGAAAGGGGGUUACCAUUCUGUCAAUUUGGCACCCGAGACUGUUACGAACCAGAGAAGAGUGUGGUGGCUGUAAUAAACAUUGGUUCGGCCUUGUGAGGCAGACCAUCUUUUGUGUGUUUCUGUGGAACGGUUAGCGUAAUGUGAUUUCUGAAUUUUAUUCAGCUGAGGGUGCAGUGUGUAAUGUCAUGGUUCUUUCCUUCCUUGGCCCAGCGUUUCAUCUAUCCAUCUAUUUAUUAAGCGGGUGCCCCCUGCUCAUCUAUCUUUGA